CGCGUGGUGCCGAGGCUGCUGCCGCCUGGGCCGCCGCGGCAGUCAGCUUUACACGCAGGUCAUUAACGAGGGGGCGUGCCCGAGGAGAUUUUUUUUUUCCCAUAAAGCAUUUUUCUCUCCUUUUCUUUCUUUCUUUCUUUUUUUUUUUUUCCCCUCCUCUUUUGCAAAACUGACUUUUCCCCUCCUUUCUACUUCUCGCCAGUCUCCCCAACCUCUCCAGGCUGCUCGCGCCGCUGCACUCAAGUUUAUUUUCCCGCCUGGGCAGAGGUUUUAGGAUUCGGUCGGUGGCUUUCACCUCUCGUUACUGCUGUGCUUAAGGAGGGAAGGAGGAGGCAGCUCCGGAUCGGGAAGGUUUUCUGAUGUAGUCAUCGGGGAGGUGCCAGCAGCUCGCGUGUGCUCCCUCUCCCUUUUCCCCUCCCGGUUUCAAACUGAUUGAUGAAUCUCUACAAGUUGCUGGGGUUGGGGCCGGAGCAGUCCGAGUCCCAGGGACACUUCUGAGAGCUCCCCCCACCGGGGCUCUGGGCACGCCGUGCAGGGGUUCAGCCUCUCUCCCGGAAGGCGAACGGAGACUGACAUCAGCCCAUCCCGGACUUGGAGGGCUCCAUCCGAAAGUGAUUGUUUCCCCUCCCGCUUCUCAGCCCGGCAGUUGGCUUGGCGUCGCCCUGCAGGUUUGGGCAUCCCAGCCCCGCCUGGCUGGCUGGUUCACAACCUCUGCUCUUCAUUCACUCCGCGGCACCCACACCCGGCCAAGACAAGCAAGCAGGAGAAAUCCCCGACUCAACCAGCGCCCGGGGGUGCCAUCUCGCUCUGCCUCUGCGGUCGGACUUCUCUAGGGACCUGCGGGAAGACGUGAAGAGCCAAACUUUUCUUGGGAGCUUUUUCCGAAGCAAGACCCGCUCCUCCUCUCCUCGCCCGAGCGCUCGGCUGCGGCUUUGGGCAGUUCCAGGACGCCGGCAGAGCCGGGCUCGCGGAUCCAGGUCGCCACUCUUUUCUCUGCGCACCUCCGGGUACCGCAGUCCCCAGGACUCCUGCGAGCCUUGCGGGGGGUCGCCUGGCCAAGGCACAAAAGGGAGGUUCCGGACAGCUUCCAGCCUCCUGGGGCCACCAGCGUGAGGACGCCCCCCCACUCCGCCCCCCUCCACACAGCGCCCUCCUCCUGCAGUUUCUCUCCGGCCGCCAAAGUAACUUGGAACAAAGCGGGGCGCACGGUGAGGGCCCAGCGCGGCGGAGGAAGCCCGUGAAGACCGCGGCACCGACACUGAGCCGGGCCCGGCGGGCCGGUGUAUGUCUCCCCGCAGCCGCGGCGCUCAACUCCCCGUGACUGUGCAGCGCGCGCCGCCGCCUGCCCCGACCCGCGUUGCCGCCGCCCGGCCCCACACGCACCUCCCUCUCCCGGGGUGACCGGCUUGCAGCCGCCGCCCGAGACACAGCUCCGCACCCCUUCCCCCGCCCUCGCCGCCGCCACCGCACACACGCACGCGUCUCUCCGUCUUGUGAUUCUUCUCCCCUCCCGAGCCCUUCAGUGGGGGUGCGAGUUUGUCCCCCCGCCCCAGCCACUGCCUCCUUCUUCUCUCCUCUUCCUCUUCCUCCCGCGCUCGCCGCGCGCCUCUCGCCCCUUCAUCGUAUUUAUUCCUAUUUAUUUGGCGUCCGCUCUCUUCGUCUGCCCCUCUCCCUCCCUCCCCCUGGAUCCCCGCUCUCUCCCCGGAGUGGCGCGUCGGGGGCUCCGCCGCUGGCUAGGCGUGAUGUUGCACGUGGAGAUGUUGACGCUGCUCUUUCUGGUGCUCUGGAUGUGUGUGUUCAGCCAGGACCCGGGCUCCAAAGUCGUCGCCGACCGCUACGCCGUCUACUGGAACAGCAGCAACCCCAGAUUCCAGAGGGGUGACUACCAUAUUGAUGUCUGUAUCAAUGACUACCUGGAUGUUUUCUGCCCCCACUACGAGGACUCUGUCCCAGAAGAUAAGACUGAGCGCUACGUCCUGUACAUGGUGAAUUUUGAUGGGUACAGUGCCUGCGACCACACAUCCAAAGGGUUCAAGAGAUGGGAAUGUAACCGGCCUCACUCCCCAAACGGACCGCUGAAGUUCUCGGAAAAAUUCCAGCUCUUCACUCCCUUUUCUUUAGGAUUUGAAUUCAGGCCAGGCCGAGAGUAUUUCUACAUCUCCUCUGCAAUCCCAGACAACGGAAGAAGGUCCUGUCUAAAGCUCAAAGUCUUUGUGAGACCAACAAAUAGCUGUAUGAAAACUAUAGGUGUUCAUGAUCGUGUUUUCGAUGUUAACGACAAAGUAGAAAAUUCAUUAGAACCAGCAGAUGACACCGUACAUGAGUCAGCCGAGCCAUCCCGCGGUGAGAACGCGGCACAGACACCAAGGAUACCCAGCCGCCUUUUGGCAAUCCUACUGUUCCUCCUGGCGAUGCUUUUGACAUUAUAGCACAGUCUCCUCCCGUCACCUGUCACAGAAAACGUCAGGGUCUUGGAACACCAGAGAUCCACCUAACUGCUCAUCCCAAGAAGGGACUUGUUAUUGGUUUUUGGCAGAUGUCAGAUUUUUGUUUUCUUUCCUCCAGCCUGAUUUCUAAGCAACAACUUGGGGUUGUUGGGGGGUAAACUAGUUGCUGCCUCCUUCACCCCACCCUACCCUUAGCCCUUGCCCCUGACUCCUCUCACCCCCUUCCCAAUUAAAUGGAGUCCAGAUAAAAAUGCCAGGUUGUCAGAGUGACAGCCGCAGGUCUCGGCCUCCUGUGCAUUUUCUAGAGCUCACCUCCUUAGGCUCAGGGUGUCGACCAUAUGCACACAAGAAAGAAUGGCGGCAGAUGCUGCCUAUAAUGUCCAGGCCUGAGAGGGGGUGCCUUCUCCUCUACCAUACUUAUGCCUUCACGGUCAGGACAGUAAGGGGAUUGUGUGGAGCAUGGUGUUGGUCUGUCGGGUCCAGAGGGGGCAGAGUUAAGAAUAGGCAUACUGUUAUCCCACAUCCUCUAGGAGUGUGGAAGUGAGCAGGCUUCUCAAAGGUUCAGAUACUAGUUUUUAUUUCAUCAAAUGGGACUGUCUUAAAGCUUUUUUUUUUUUUUUUCUUUUUUUUUCUUUUUGGCCAGCCAAACUUGGGCUGUGAUGAAGAAGCCUCUUCUUCCGGGAGGAGGGUUGGAUGCAGGGAUGCUAAUACAGAGGAUGCAGGGAUGCUAAUACAGAGGAAGUGUGGAUACUGAGAAAACCAUCUGUUGCUGGAGGUGUGAGUGCCUCUAACUUUAUAGUGACCGG